AUGAUUGGAGAUAUUGAGUACAAACUUGAGCCGGUUCAGGCGUCAUCCGUUGCCGCGGACGAGAUCGACAAGACGUUUCGUUCCAGCUGCAUUGAUCUGGUGUCUGGGACGCUGGGCGGUAAAGUGCUUGGUUUUUCGGAUGAGUGGUUCGCAGAUGCUCUGAAUCUCAUCACCCCAACUGCCCCUAUCCGGCAGCCCGGGAAGAUGGUUUACACAGGAGCUUGGUACGACGGGUGGGAGACGAGACGGCACAAUUCGGAGCCUUUCGAUUGGGUUGUCCUUCGUCUUGGGGUUGCGUCGGGAACCAUAGAAGGCUUCGAGGUGGACACGGCCUUCUUCUCUGGGAACCACGCCCCGGCGAUUUCAGUUGAGGGUUGCUUCAGCCAGGACGACGAUGAGGUCCUGUCGUGGAAGGGCGGCAAAGGAAAGUGGGAGUCGCUUCUCGACAUUAGAGAAUGUGGUCCAUCGCAAAGGUUUGGGUGGAAGCUGCAGAAGCCGACUUCAAAGCAGUACACCCACGUCAGACUUAACAUGUACCCCGAUGGCGGAAUUGCUCGCUUCCGACUGUUCGGCCAUGCGGUUCCUGUCUUCCCAGAAGACGUCGAGGCCAUUUUCGACCUGGGCGCAGCUCAGAACGGUGCUGUGGCCGUGGCCUGUAGCGACCAGCACUUUGGCACCAAGGACAAUCUGAUUCUUCCUGGACGCGGCAAAGACAUGGGAGACGGCUGGGAGACGGCACGGUCGAGGACUAAGGGCCAUGUAGAUUGGGCCAUCAUUCGGCUGGGAGCACCCGCCCUCAUCCAAAGCUUCAUUGUCGAUACGGCUUACUUCAGAGGCAACUUCCCUCAAAAAGCCAAGCUGGAUGCCAUCGAAUGGCAGGGUAACGGUGAACCCGGGGCAGAUGCAGCAGGAUGGACUGAAGUGGUGGAGCCAAGCAAGUGUGGUCCAGACAAGGAGCAUACAUUUGCCUGCUCAGUCAAGGACAGACCAUUCACCCACGUCAAGCUUACCAUCAUUCCUGAUGGUGGCGUGAAGCGCCUGCGCGUGCUGGCGAAGAGGGCUUUAGAAGCAGACGGCAGUGGACUUGGUGGAGUGAAAAGCCUCCGGGUCCUCGCUAAGAGAUCCGUAGGAGUUGAGGUGGUCAUGGGCAAGUUCGGCAUCUUAACUGUUCUAGCCGACCAGGAAGACGCCAAAGUAGCUACCUAG